AUGAUGCUUCACGCCUCACUUUUAGUGGCAGGGCCACUUCUUGCUUUGUUCUCUGGGACCCCAUGUGAUGCUCUACCGAAUGGACAUCAAUUGAUACUCAACGCCGACAAUAUACACCAAGACACGAGCUUGAACACGCCAAGAAAGACAUUGCAGGAUAUGAUUUCUGCCCUCGAUGUCAUGCAGGAUUCCUAUUUUGCGCAAUGGCUUGGAACUUGGCCCGACGCAAUUGACUGGACUGCCGCAGUUAUCGGCACUCAUGUAUCCGGUACUUUAUCCGCAUUGACAUACACCUCGCCGGACUUGGACUCGUCACCAUCUUCGUUUGAGGCAACAAUUGCACAUGAAAACUUGAUCAGUCGCUACUUUGAUCAGGUCUCUGCUUUUUAUUUCGGGGAAAAUGCGUUUAGUCUUCGGAUGCAAGCCUUUGACGAUAUGCUCUGGGUCGUUCUUGGCUGGUUGGAAAGUAUCAAAUUCCAAAAUCUUCACACUACGCUGCACUAUGACUCGAGAAACUCCACCUUUGAAAGGUCCUGGCAUGGAACGCAGCUUCGAGUGCCUGCAGCGCAUCGAGCUCGAAUCUUUUAUGAACUGGCUUCUACUGGAUGGGAAAGCGAGCUCUGCGGCGGCGGAAUGAUAUGGAGUCCAUAUCUACUCCCCUAUAAGAACGCGAUCACGAACGAACUGUUCAUCUCAGCAAGUGUUGGCAUGUACUUGUAUUUUACGGGGGACCCCAUCCACUCGCCUUUUAUCUCCUCUGGCGACUGUCCUGUUCACGAUCCCGAACACCUGGCGGCGGCAGUGCGAGGGUAUCAAUGGCUGAAAGAUUCAAACAUGACUGAGAUCGGGGGUCUCUAUGCAGACGGAUUCCACAUCAGCGGAUACCGCGGCAUCGGCAAUCCUGGGAGCAAAAAUUGCGACGAGCUCAACACAAUGGUGUACACAUACAACCAGGGCGUCAUCCUCAGUGGGUUGAGAGGCCUGUGGCUGGCAACAAAUAAUCAGGAGUAUCUCCGUGACGGGCACGAACUAGUAGAAAAAGUGAUGCAUGCGACUGGAUGGCCCAAGGAAGUUGGUGGGCGUAGAUGGGCUGGUCUAGGCCGAGGAGGAGUGCUCGAGGACGUCUGUGACGCUCGUGGCGAUUGUUCACAGAACGGACAAACUUUCAAGGGAAUUUUCUUCCAUCACCUAGCCGAAUUCUGUCAUGUUCUCAGACCGCAGGAAGAUAGUUUCCUGAUGGAAUUCUCCGACUCUCACACAUCUCUGGAAGAACGGCAAAACACGUUUGACAAGUGGCAUCUCAACCGGUGCCGACGCUAUGGGCCAUGGAUUUCUCAUAACGCGCAGGCAGCUCUUGCAACAAGGAACGACGAGGGCAAAUUUGGCAUGUGGUGGGGUCGAGCGUAUCCUAUAAGCACCACUGAUAUGGCGGCCAUGGACUCGCCACUGCCGGCUGGAGCUAUAGAUUACAGCAAUUCCGGGCAAAGUGGAGAGAACUCGGGGCGACUGGUCGGAUUGCUACGAACACACUCGGAUCAGGCACAAUCAACGACUGACGAAAGCUUUGUGACGAAAAUGGGCACAUUGUCACCCCGUAGCCAAGACCAUACGACACUGACGCGAGAUGUCAAUGACCGUGGCCGAGGCCGGACUGUCGAGACACAAUCUGGUGGGUUAGCAGUGGUACGAGCUUGGUAUCAAUGGCAGACAUCGCCAUUCUUAGAAUAA